AUGAGUAUUACAGUUGGAAAAACAUGUCAGCAGCCGCAUAAUUAUCAUAACCCAGGGAUUUCGGGUAUACAAUCCACUUUAGCAUCUAAGUAUAUAUCCUUGCAUUCGAAGCCCGUGAAUACAGCGCCUCAUUUCGGACUUUCCAGUCCUUCAGCAUUCCAACGCACAAAAUCUAAAAUCAGCUUUGCAAACCCUUCCGUUCCUGUGGCAACACGAUUGGUAUUGGGGACUCAAGAAAACGAUGAGGAUGAGCCCCACGAUGAUGAUAUGGAGAUGGGAUCUGUGCGCUUAUCGCGGCACAUCCCUCAACGAGAGGGAAUGGAUAUGUCGGUUUCAGCCUUCAAUUUACUUUGCAACAUGUCCAAUCCCACUGACGUUGGACCUGCUGCUUCCAAAAUGUCGCGUCUUCCUGGGUCAUCCGUUCCUGUAUUCCUUAAUACCGCCACCAGGCAAGGUCUUCCAGCAAGCACUGUGCAUACGUCGGUCACCUCUUCAACUUUCACAAGCUUCUCAGUGGACUCACAUAUUUCGGAUGAUGACCAUUAUGCGGCCUCGAUUUACAAUGACAUACUCGCGGAGAACCUCGCACUGCACGGCGUCGGUGAAACCGGGGUCGCUCCAGCUGGUGGGAUCAUGGACGGGGAGGAGGCCUCCAGAUCAUGCCUCUUACACGGCGCGUCUGGCCGGCGCGGCAUCGGUGGAGAGGUAUUCAGCUUUGGCGUUAAUACCUUUCACCACAGGACUGGCAGCGGUUGCGCAUCCAACGCUGAUCACAAUCGAAGAUCCUCCGCGGCGUCGCCCUGUCGGCUAGAACUUCCAUCCCCACCGUCUUUUUCAACUCGCAGCAAUCCAGCGGCUCGGCUCCCUUUGCAUGCCCCGCCUAGCUCCGGUCGACCACAACGAGUACUCUUCACGAACCCCGAGCGCAUAUUGGAUGCACCGGGAUUCCCUGCAACCGCCACCCAGCUCAUCGACUGGGGAAGCAAUAACAAACUAAUCAUCGGCCUUAAGGAUAGCCUCUAUUCCUGGGAUGCGGAGUCACGGACGGCAGCAAAGGUUCUUCAGUUGCAGGAGGAUAUGUGCAUUGGUAAUGUGCAUUGGCUCCACCGGUGUGCUUGUAUUGCGCUAAGCACAGGCGGCGGGACGACAGCGAUUUACGACUGCCGUAGCAGUAGCUUUAUCCGAGCUCUGCGCCUGCCAGCCGGCAUGGACGUGACAUGCCUAGAUGUCAACGGACCCGUGCUUGCGGUAGCUUCAAACGGGCCCACCGGUUGCACACAAGCGUUCGACCUCCGCGCGAAAAACGCACUGAUUGCUAGCUAUGAGGGCCACUCUGCGCCAAUUACCGCAAUGCAAUACUGCACCGCAGAACCCUUUUAUUUGGCAACUGGUGGCAGGGAAGGCCACGUACGUAUCUGGGAUGCUCGUCGAACACAUCAACCGCGUUAUGCAUUUGAUGAGGUCCACAGCGGCUCGGUCUCGGCGAUUUGCUGGAAUCCUGAGAAGAGGAGCAAGCUCUUCACAGGGGGGGAAGACGGUGUGCUGCGGUUGAUUGAUACACAUAUCACAACGCGAACGCUGGAAAACCAUCACAUAGGAGGUGGAGAUCCCCAUUUUUCACGACCAAACACCUCAAGCUACGUCACGCAAGCAGUGCAGGCGCGAUACCCCAUCUCAGGUAUCAUCGCCCAAGGGGGUGAGGUGCUGACAUCGCACCAAAGGAAAGGCCAGCUGCAGCUCCGAAAGGUGUCUAACCUCCAUCUAACAGGAGUUUUCAGUGCCUUAGACUGUACAGAAGGGCUCAGUUGCAUGGUACUGGCUCCUGAUCAAGAGUGCGUGUGCGCCGCACAAAGCAACGAGACGCUUAAAUUUUGGCGGGUAUUCAACGAAAGCGGUAACAAACAAGGUUUUCAAGAGACUGAACGGUGCGCAGGAUCUUCCUCCUAUCUUUAUGAACAACUUCGGUAA